CUGCCUCCCAGGACGGCCGGCCCACUGGGAACAUCCCUGGCAGGGGACAGAAAGGGCCGCCUGCGCUUGGACCUCUGAUCCAGACCCUCCAAAGGAUCAAAGGUGACGUUGGUGACCGUGCCCAGCAGCACCUUGGUAGCAAUGGCUCCUCAGCUGCAUAACCGUGUGGACUUAUCCGCCAAGGUCGUCCAAGGCGCCCUGGACAGCCUGCCCCGGGCCGUGAGGGAGUUUGUGGAGAGCAACGGGCAGCUGUGUGAGCCGGACUACAUCCAUAUCUGCGAUGGCUCCGAGGAGGAGAACCAGCGGCUGCUGGGCCGCAUGCAGGAAGAGGGCAUCAUCAAGAAGCUCCGCAAGUAUCACAACUGCUGGUUGGCUCUCACGGACCCCAGGGAUGUGGCCAGGAUCGAAAGCAAGACCGUGAUCAUUACCCAAGAGCAAAGGGACACAGUGCCCAUCCCCAAGACCGGCCUCAGCCAGCUGGGCCGCUGGAUGUCAGAAGAGGACUUCGAGAAAGCGUUCAAUGCCAGGUUCCCUGGGUGCAUGAAGGGUCGCACCAUGUACGUGAUCCCGUUCAGCAUGGGCCCGCUGGGCUCGCCGCUGGCCAAGGUGGGCAUCGAGCUGACGGACUCGCCCUACGUGGUGGCCAGCAUGCGGGUCAUGACGCGCAUGGGCACGGCCGUGCUGCAGGCCCUGGGCGACGGGGAGUUCGUCAAGUGCCUGCACUCCGUGGGCUGCCCGCUGCCCCUCAAAAGGCCCCUGGUCAACAACUGGGCCUGCAACCCGGAGCUCACGCUCAUCGCCCACCUCCCGGACCGCAGAGAGAUCGUCUCCUUCGGGAGCGGCUACGGCGGGAACUCGCUGCUGGGGAAGAAGUGCUUCGCCCUCAGGAUGGCCAGCAGGCUGGCCAAGGAGGAGGGCUGGCUGGCCGAGCACAUGCUGAUCCUGGGUAUCACGAACCCUGCGGGUGAGAAGAAGUACCUGGCAGCAGCCUUCCCCAGUGCCUGCGGGAAGACCAACCUGGCCAUGAUGAACCCCACGCUCCCCGGGUGGAAAGUAGAGUGUGUGGGCGACGACAUUGCCUGGAUGAAGUUCGACAGCCAAGGUAACUUAAGGGCUAUCAACCCAGAAAAUGGUUUCUUUGGGGUGGCUCCUGGCACCUCUGGAAAGACAAACCCCAAUGCCAUGAAGACCAUCCAGAGAAACACCAUAUUCACCAAUGUGGCGGAGACCAGUGAUGGAGGCGUCUACUGGGAAGGCAUGGACGAGCCUCUGGCCCCAGGGGUCACCAUCACGUCCUGGAAGAACAGGGAGUGGACACCACAGGAUGGGGAGCCCUGUGCCCACCCCAACUCGCGGUUCUGCACCCCUGCCAGCCAGUGCCCCAUCAUUGACCCUGCCUGGGAGUCUCCGGAAGGUGUGCCUAUCGAGGGCAUCAUCUUUGGCGGCCGCAGACCUGCUGGGGUGCCUCUCGUCUACGAAGCUCUCAGCUGGCAGCAUGGGGUGUUUGUGGGCGCUGCCAUGAGGUCAGAGGCCACAGCGGCUGCAGAACACAAAGGCAAGGUCAUCAUGCACGACCCCUUUGCCAUGCGGCCCUUCUUCGGCUACAACUUUGGCAAAUACCUGACCCACUGGCUGAGCAUGGCCCACCGCCCGGCAGCCAGGCUGCCCAAGAUCUUCCAUGUCAACUGGUUCCGGAAGGACAAGGAAGGGAAGUUCCUGUGGCCUGGCUUCGGGGAGAACAGCAGGGUUCUGGAGUGGAUGUUCAACCGAAUCAACGGGGAGGACAGCGCCCGGCUCACGCCCAUCGGCUACAUCCCCAAGCAGGACGCCCUGAACCUGAAAGGCUUGGGGAAUGUCAACGUGGAGGAACUCUUUAGCAUCUCCAAGGAGUUCUGGGAGAAGGAAGUGGAAGAUGUGGAGAAAUACCUGGAAGAUCAAGUCAAUGCCGAUCUGCCGUAUGAAAUAGAGAGAGAGGUCCUGUCUCUGAAGCAACGAAUCAGCCAGAUGUAACGGGGAGUGUGUGUGUGUGUUGGGGGGGUCUGUAGAACCAGCCCCUGCCCAUCAGAGGAUGUAUCGGCAGCCAGAGGCAGCCCUUCUUCCCAAAUCCACAGUAGCCAGCCAGCACACUGGGAGCUGAUCAUUCACACCGUGAUUAGGUGAGAGGUGCACAGGACAGGCCGCUAGCUGUAGAUAGUAGGAGAAGAAUCUUAGGGAGAAUCCGGAACUCACACCCAGUGCAUGUUUGGUUCCACAUUAAGGUCCCUCUGGCCUUCAGUCUUUUCACUUUAGUUAUCUCAGUGAGUUAGAAUGCACAGAAAAAAAUACUUGAGUUGUACAUAGGUGUAUUUUGUGUAUUUGUGCGUGUGUUUCUGUCUGUUCUGUUGUCUAAAAAUCUAUUUAACACCUUUGGGAGAAUCUCGGGCAAGAUUUACCUACUAGUGGUUACUAGAAAGAAAUGUUGCUUUGUUACUAAUAUAUGUGUUUAAAUUAUUUUUAUACACUAUCUUUACAUAAUUAUGAUGUGUGUCUUUAUCAUCUCUGGGGGGGUAGGGGAAAUUGCAAAAUAAACUUUUAUAGAAAAUUUGGA